AUGCCUUUUAGCGAUCAUGCCCCUCGGUUGGGCUUUCUCAAGGAUGCUGCCAGCUCUCUGGAUUCUCUCAGCCCUUCCACUGCGGCUCAUCUAAUGGCCGUCCAUAACCAAAUCUUUCUCGACGAAAGCAGAGCAUUAAACCAGCGACAACAAGAAGCUUCUUGUGGGGCUUGCGGCAGCAUACGAACCCCUGAGUGGACUAAAACCAUUCAUAUCAAGAAGAAAAAUACAAAACGUUCCUCAGCAGCCCCAGACGGGGCCAUUAUCUACAAGUGCCUCCGCUGCCGUCGGCGCACAGUGAGACCGUCUCGAAAGGAGCCUGUUCGCCCCAAUAUUUCGUCUAAAACAGCUGCAGCAAUAGACUCUAUACCUCCAGCAGCUCUUCCUGCAGUACAACAUCCUGAUUCUACCGAGACUAAACCUACUAGUAAGACAGCCGAUAAUGCGAGCAGCAAGAAACGGGCCAAGGCAAGAAAACAGGGUGGAUUGCAAGCGCUAUUGGCGUCUAAACAACAAUCUCGGGCUAGUUCUUCUCUGGAUUUGUUUGACUUCCUCCAGCAGUAG